CUGCUCCCCCGGCUCCUCCCUCCUGCCGAGCUUCUCCCCGGGGCUGGCCGCACGGGAGAGAGGCCGCGAUGGCAGAUGAGAUCGCCAAGGCUCAGGCCGCCCGGCCUGGUGGCGACACGAUCUUCGGGAAGAUCAUUCGCAAGGAAAUCCCAGCCAAAAUCAUUUUUGAGGAUGACCAGUGUCUUGCUUUCCAUGACAUUUCCCCUCAAGCACCAACACAUUUUCUGGUGAUACCCAAGAAACAUAUAGCUCAGAUUUCUGUAGCAGAAGAUGAUGAUGAAAGCCUUCUUGGACAUCUAAUGAUUGUUGGCAAGAAGUGUGCUGCUGAUCUGGGCCUGAAGAAGGGUUAUCGCAUGGUGGUGAAUGAAGGUUCAGAUGGGGGACAGUCUGUCUAUCAUGUUCAUCUCCAUGUUCUUGGAGGUCGUCAGAUGAACUGGCCUCCUGGUUAAGCAUGCUUAGGGAUAAUUUUCUCUUUUCUAGGCAGUGAUCAGGUUCGCAAGUUCCAAUAUGCUAAACAGUUCACUUACUUGUGCCUGUCUAUGGAGAGAUUGCAGAAAUUUAAAAAAAAAAAAACCUAUACAUAAUAAAAGACAUUGUUUCAUGGUCUGAA